AUGCCCGAGGACGCCCCCUAUGACCCCUACAUCCCCAGCGGCGAGGCCGCUCCCGCACAAGGCGCUGGUGGUGGAUCGCGGACACAGGCGCUGCAAGCGUUCGCAUACGUGUCGCCGUUGAUGAAGCUGCUUGCUGGGACUGGCGUUUCGAAGCUUUCCGCACGACCCGCGUUCGUGGACUUGGCUGCACCGUCGGAGUUCACGGAAUGA